UUAAUAAAUUAAAACUUAAGUAUAUAAGUAAUAGAAAUGUAUUGUAAAUAUUAAUAUGUUUGUGUUUGUUUGUUUGUUUGUUUGUUUGUUUGUUUGUUUGUUUGUUUGUUUGUUUGUUUGUUUGUUUGUUUGUUUGUGUACAGCUUGUCCUCCUCUGUGCUACAAGGGUUUACAUGCACAACAGUAAGAUCUUUAGGAAAGAGGCAAAUCAAGAAUCUGAUUAAAGCCUGUCGGAGAAAAGGGACAAACAAGGUUCCAUUGGUGGAGACUCAGCUGACCUGCAUGUACAACCAAAUCAAAGAAGAGUCGGAUGCCACCAGCUUUUCCCUCUAUCCUCCAGAUGUGUUGCUUUACUAUGAUUACUCUCUGGUGCCACGGAGCAGCUGCAGGUCUUAUUUUCAAGAGUUGGCUGAUGCAGACUUUUCCAUUUUUUCUCCAGCACUGACAUACAGACGGUCUGCUUUGUUUGAUAAUGCAAGGAACUGCUUGGGAAUAACUAGCACAAGUUUAACUGAGGAUAAUGUAUCAGUUUUGGGGAACAUGUGCUGCAUUCUUGAUGGCUCCUACAUCCAAAACUCUCAUCCAUCUAUACUGGAACAACUCAAGAACUGUCCAGAUCUCACUGUUGGUCAAUCAACUGCAGUUAUAACCCUUCUGACCAAUGGAAAUACACCUUAUGGAGAUCCUUCAACAUGGACUGAACAAACUCUAAAAGACCUUGGGAUGCUAACUCUGCAUUUGCCUUCAUCUUUCUAUCAGCACUUUGAUCAGGACACAAAGCGUAACUUCUUGAAAUACUUUCUGAACGUUUUUGGUGGAGUGAGCAGAGAACAGAGGAAGCAACUGAAGAAGGAGAUAAGACAGUCCAUCAAAAGUGAUUCAGACCAGACUGCAGAAUGCACAGUUGGAAUAAUCACUCAGGUCACAAUCAGUGACCCCACCUUCCCCUUUGACUAUAACAUCAACCAAUUCAACAACUGUCUGUCAGUUUCAACUGUCAAAGACAACUUGGAUGGCAUCACAGAAAAGGUGGAUGAGGUGGAAUACCUCAGGAUUGUUCUCCAGAAACUGCAAGACGUUUACAACACCAUCAUUCCAGAAGAUCAGGUUCAGCUCCUAAGUGCAACUUCUCGUGUUGCCACAGUUCAAGAUAUUAUUUCAUGGACCAUCAGUAAAAUCGACACGCUUGCUGCUUUGAUGGACUCUUCAAAUGGAGGCUGGGACCCAAGCUUAGCUAAGGUUAUCAUCUCUAAGUAUCUGGCUGUUGGAGGAAACAAACUAGGCAGUGCAGAGCUGAAUGUUAUUGGGGGACCAAAUCUCUGCUCUCUAGAUGUGGACAUUAUCAGGACUAUUUCAUCUCAAAGUUUCAGAGAAGUUGACUUUCUGGACAUCUCUAGCUGCACUACUGAAAAAAAGGAAGAGUUUUUCCGUAUCUCCUUUGAAGCAUUCAGCCUUACAACAAGCUCAGUUUCUGUUUUUCAGCUCAUACAACCAUACAUUGGAGGUGCAAGUGCUGAUUAUAUUCGUAGUUUGGUGGUCUCUGAUGUUAACAUGGACCUGGCCACCUUCACUAGUUUGGAUGAAAAAGUUGUGCUGAGUCUAACUGCAAGUGAAGUUAAAGGUCUUCUCGGCACCAACCUCCCAGAUUUGAAGUCUUAUGAAAACCAAACUCUGGUGCAGACCUGGAUCAGAAGUCAAAACCAGUCGGAGCUUGAUAUUCUAAGAUUGAGCUUCCUGGAAGGCAAGGUUGAUCCCACGAUUCCUCCAUAUAACAGUUCUACGACUUUGUUACCAACAACUACUGUAACUGGAUUCAAACCAUCACAAGCAAGCACAGCUGAAACUUCAACCACAGGUUUUACAUCAACUUUAUCACCAACAACAACUAAUGUAACUGGAUUCCAUCUUUCCCCAGCAAGCACAGUUGAGCCUCUAACUUUAAGUUCUACAUCAACUUUAUCACCAACAACAACAAAUGUAACUGGAUUGAAUCCUUUACCAGCAACCACCGCUCAACCUCUAAUUUUGAGUUCUACAUCAACUUUAUCACCAACAACAACUAAUGUAACUGGAUUGAAUCCUUCACCAGCAAGCACAGCUGAACCUCCAACUUUAAAUUCUACAACAAUUAAUGUAACUGGAUUGAAUCCUUCACCAGCAAGCACCGCUCAACCUCUAAUUUUAAGUUCUACAUCAACUUUAUUACCAACAACUAAUGUAACUAGAUUCCAUCCAUCACCAGCAAGCACAGUUGAGCCUCUUACUUUAAGUACUACAUCAACUUUAUCACCAACAAUAACUAAUGUAACUGGAUUGGAACCAUCACCUGCAAGCACAGCUGAACCUCCAACCAUAGGUUCUACAUCAACCUUAUCACCAACAACAACUAAUAUAACAGGAUUCCAUCCUUCACCAGCAAGCACAGCUGAACCUCUAACUCUAAGUUCUACAUUAACUUUAUCACCAACAAAAACUAAUUUAACUGGAUUCCAUCCAUCACCAGCAAGCACAGCUGAAACUUCAACCAUAGGUUCAACAUUAACUUCAUCACCAACAAAAACGAAUGUAACUGGAUUCAAUCCUUUACCAGCAAGCACAGCUGAACUUCCAACCAUAGGUUUUACAUCAACUUUAUCACUAACAAAAACUAAUGUAACUGGAUUGAAUCCUUUACCAGCAAGCACAGCUGAACGUCCAACCAUAGGUUCUACAUCAACUUUAUCACCAAUGACAACUAAUGUAACUGGAUUGAAUCCUUUACCAGCAAGCACAGCUGAACCUCCAACCAUAGGUUCUACAUCAACUUUAUCACCAACAACAACUAAUGUAAAUGGAUUGAGUCCUUCACCAGCAAGCACAGCUGAACCUCCAACCAUAGGUUCUACAUCAACUUUAUCACCAAUGACAACUAAUGUAACUGGAUUUAAUCCUUUACCAGCAAGCACAGCUGAACCUCCAACCAUAGGUUUUACAUCAACCUUAUCACCAACAACAACUAAUAAAACUGGAUUGAAUCCUUCACCAAAAAGCACAGGUGAGCCUCUAACUUUAAGUUCUACAUCAACUUUAUCACCAACAAAAAAUAAUGUAAAUGGAUUGAAUCCUUCAUCAGCAAGCACAGCUGAACGUCCAACCAUAGGUUCUACAUCAACUUUAUCACCAAUGACAACUAAUGUAACUGGAUUUAAUCCUUUACCAGCAAGCACAGCUGAACCUCCAACCAUAGGUUUUACAUCAACCUUAUCACCAACAACAACUAAUAAAACUGGAUUGAAUCCUUCACCAAAAAGCACAGGUGAGCCUCUAACUUUAAGUUCUACAUCAACUUUAUCACCAACAAAAAAUAAUGUAAAUGGAUUGAAUCCUUCAUCAGCAAGCACAGCUGAACCUCCAACCAUAGGUUCUACAUCAACUUUAUCACCAAUGACAACUAAUGUAACUGGAUUUAAUCCUUCACCAAAAAGCACAGGUGAGCCUCUAACUUUAAGUUCUACAUCAACUUUAUCACCAACAAAAAAUAAUGUAAAUGGAUUGAAUCCUUCAUCAGCAAGCACAGCUGAACGUCCAACCAUAGGUUCUACAUCAACUUUAUCACCAACAAAAACUAAUGUAACUGGAUUGAAUCCUUCACCAGCAAGCACAGCUGAACCUCCAACCAUUGGUUCUACAUCAACCUUAUCACAAACAACAACUAAUGUAACUGGAUUGAAUCUUUCACCAACAAGCACAGUUGAGCCUCUAACUUUAAGUUCUACAUCAACUUUAUUACCAACAAAAACUAAUGUAACUGGAUUCAAUUCAUCACCAGCAAGCACAGCUGAACCUCCAACCAUAGGUUCUACAUCAACCUUAUCACCAGCAACAACUAAUGUAACUGAAUUCAAUCCUUUACUAGCCAGCACAGCUCAACCUCCAACUGCUGGUUCUUCAAUGACCCUAUCACCAACAUCAAACAUCAUGCCUGGAACUACAAGACUGUCAACAGUCUUCACAUCAACAACAACUUCCAUGCCAGCAUCAAGGCAUUCAACAUUGUCUAAAUCCACCAUACUCUCUGAAAUGACCAGUCCUGUAACUUCAGAUAUCCACUCUAGACAGUGCCGAGUUAUCACAGCAAAUGAAUCAAAUACAUGUGUUGAAGUAAACAGCACAGAUCUUCAAGUCUUCCUCAACAGUGGAAAGAUGAGCAAACGCUUCUGUAACUUUUCUGUGGAAGAGUUUGCUUGUGCCUCUCUUUCAGCCUUAACAGCACAGGACCUGGUAGAGAUUAUGAAGUGUGAUCUGUCAUCAAACUCAAGUGGGUCCAUAUCGGCCUGGAAUCUUCUCUUCUGUAAAACUUCCAGGAUCCUGAAUGCAGCUCUGAAUCUUCUGACCACUGCAACAAUCAACCCCAACAAUCCUGCAGUGUCAGUGAUUUUGGACAGCAUACAAGCAAUCAGUCCAGAUCUUUUCAGCACAAACACACUGAAUAAUCUCACUGAGCUGCAGCUGUGGUUUAACGUUCGCCUUCGCCCGUUCUUGCCUGCUGUUUCCUCCAACUUUCUCUCAAUUCUUGCAACAAAGGAUUUGCAGUGCAACUCCUACCAAUAUAUCUUGCAAAUAUUGAGUGAAGUACAACCCCAGAUGACUCUUUCUAAGCAAGAAUUUGUGUACACACAAUUCAUCAAGAUCUACCUGAGCAGAAAGGAUACUGCAGCAACAUCACCAAAGUGCUAUGACAACAACAACCCAGAGCUGAACUCCACAGCCUGGUUUGCAGAGUACAUCGGCUCUUUCAUCACUUUUCUCACUGUGGUGGAUCUUCAGUCAUUUGGAUCUCAACAGGACCUGCAGCUGUUCACAGUGAAUCCUCAGAAUCUUCUGCUUCUUAAUCAGUAUAAGGUGGAUGUGACAAUAGUCAUCUACUACAUUCAGUUAGUUUAUCAGCAAGACAUCCACUUCAGUCCACUUGGCCUUCCUUCAUUGGGUCAGUGCUUUGCUCCUGGCCGGGCGUUCACUCAGUUGACUUCACAAGAAAGUUUGACGGUUUUGGGAAAUGUCAACAGAGUUUGUACAGACAUAGAUCCACAGGUAAACAAAACAACAAGUAAAAACACAGAAAUACUGAAAGUACAGAUUUUUCAAUACAUGUAUAAAAAUAAAAUACAGGAAGACUAAAAAACUGAACAAUGUACUGUAUAACAAGGGACAACUGAUAUGAGCAAAAUAAAAACUGAAGUACAGAGUGGUUUAUAUG